AUGGCAGCCUCUAACCCUGGCACUGUUAGUUUGAAGCUCCUCAUUGACACAACGCGCAAUAAAGUCCUGUUUGCUGAAGCGGGUAAGGACUUUGUGGACUUUCUCUUCACUCUCCUGUCUCUUCCGGCUGGUACUAUCAUCAGGCUGCUCUCUAAGGAUGCCAUGGUUGGUAGCUUAGGCAAACUUUAUGAGAGCGUUGAAACUCUCAACGAUGAAUAUUUGCAGCCCAAUCUUAACAAAGACACCCUCCUGAAACCAAAAGAACCUGUUGCUGCUGGACCUAACCUCCUUGGUUUGUUAACCGAUGUCAAAUCUGAUGCUCGAAACACGAUCUACCAUUGUUCGAAUAGUAGUUGCUACUACCGUAACUCUCAUGUGGCUGACAACCCUAAAGCCAUAUGUCCAGGGUGCAAGUACUCCAUGAAGACCGCCGCUACUUAUGUUGCUUCACCGACUAGUGAGGUACAGGCUACUUAUUCCGGUGCUGGCAAGGUAGGGUAUGUGAAGGGCCUUGUUACAUACAUGAUAAUGGAUGAUCUCGAAGUGAAGCCUUUGUCUACUAUUUCUUGUAUCACUUUGCUCAGCCGGUUCAGUGUUAAGGAUGUUGGUGUCCUUGAAGAGAAGGUGGUUGAUCUAGGAAUGGAUGAGGGUGUGAAACUACUAAAGGCAUCAUUGCAGACAAAGUCAGUUCUCACCCAUGUGUUCCUUAGGUAG